AGGGUCCAUCCAGCAUUCACCUCACAGACGAGGGUUGAGUAUUAAUGGAGCCCGCUUUCCUUUCGUUGUGUCAUUUCCAUUCGCUACCUUGUUGACGAAAGCAGUGUUAUCCGCACUGAACAGACUAUCGGUGUUUAGUGAAUACUUGCGUAGUUUAAAGGUAAACUCACACCAAGAUGUGGCGUAAAUUUAUGGACGAUAGCCCGACGCACGCCAGUGCAUCUUCUGGCAUUACAAUGGCAGAGGUGUUUUCGCCAAUGCUCGAACCAACUUCGUUGGAAGCCACCAUUUCCGAAUGCUCACUGGAAGCGAAACCCAGCGAUAUUUUUACACGGAAACUCAAGGAACGAUUCCUCUCUUGUUGUUACAUUAUGUUACUUAUGUUUAUUCCAAUACUUAUUUUCGUCCUUGUUUUGGAAUAUCGCCGGCUGAUGUUGAGUGAUCCGGAGCCAUACAUCGCUAAUGGCACAUUUCAUUUGGCUCAUACUUCCUGUGGUCCUGUUGAAGGUAUGGCCAGAGACAGAGGAUUUGAAUUCCUUGGAGUUCCUUAUGCUAUCCCUCCUGUUGGUUCCAACAAGGCAAAACAUGCAGGGGAAAAUGUAGAUUACACCUGGAUGCCAGGAACACCUCCAUUCAGACUAGAGCACUGCUGGAAAAAUGUCCUGAAAUAUCCGAAAUCAAAACCGCAAGAAUGUCUUCAAAUUCGGCCCUUAGCGGAUGGACAUUUCGAGACUUACGGGAGCCAAGAUUGUCUCACUCUUGAUAUUUAUUCUCCGUACGUUGGUUAUGACACUCCGUCGCCUGUAGUUGUUGUGAUUGCCGUUCCAACUUUGUUUGGUGGCUGGAUUGAUCAGGCUCAUCAAGAUCAAGCUACUCCGUCCGCCGCGCUGGCUAGAGAGAAAGGUGUUGUGUUUGUGGUUCCACGAUUCCGCCUCGGGCCCAUGGGUUUUCUUCCUCGUUUGCUACUCAAUGAUACCUCCUCUGUUAUCAAGGACAGCACUAGUUUCCAGGAUUCCGUUCUUCAAGCUCAGAAAACUCUAUUGAACUUGGAAAAGUCUUACAACCUUGGAUUGACCGACCUUUUCGCGGCUCUCAUAUGGGUUUCUUCCAAUAUUGAGCAUUUUGGUGGAGAUCCGAGCCUGGUUACUUUACUCGGUUGGGGAGCUGGAGCGGAUCUGGUCAACUCCUUGACGACAUCCAAGCAUCCGAAAGGUCACCCCUACCUCUUCACCCAAGCGUGGGUAUCCCAUGGACGUUUGACGCAGGUCGAAAGUGAGGUGUACAAUAAGACGUCACACAACCGGACCGACUCGGAUUUCAAAGCUGGAUAUCAUUUGUGGUCAAACAGUCCGUGCAAUACUAAACAUUCCACGUACGACCCACUCUGCCUUGUCUCCCUGCCGCCCAAGAAAAUCUUUGAAUCGGUGCCGCUCGAUUGGCUAAAGCCGUCCGGAUACCCUUGGCUACAACCGGAUAACUUUGUCUAUCAGAGGUCCGCCAAGGCCGUUUGGUCCCAUGAGCACCCACCCUAUGACUUUCCGUUAGUUUUGGGUUCGACAGUUCACGGCUAUGCCGACACGCUUUCCGACUGUGAGACGAUCGAGACGCAAGCCGCUUCAAACUUCAUGAAACUUCACAGCUCCGCCGAAUCGGCUGAAUCCGACGAGUCGGCGGAAAAUUUUCUAACGCCCGUCAAUUCCACCACCGACGUCCAGGAGAAUCUUGCCCGCAUAAGCACGACCCAGUUGACCUGCCCGCUGUGGAAUCUGGCCCAGAAAGCGGACCGAACUUUCAACAGCGGGGUUUUCUUCUAUCUUGUUUCGUUUGAAGAAACGGUGCCAUGCAGAGACGGGACACGACUGAGCCUGGCCGGAGGGUUAUCCGACAUCAGCGCCAUCUUAGGACGUUUUCGACACACGGACAAAGCCUCCAUCCGUUUCGCUUCUUAUUUCCAGGACGUUUUUUAUGAUUUCGUUGUCGACGGCGCGUUGCCGGGCAAAGUCCGUGCCACCCAAGGCCUCUAUGACUUUGGGGAGAUCAUGCAAAUGAAGUCCAGCUAUCCACAAUGCGCCCCUGGACAUAGCCACUAAUGAUCACCGUCGUCGAUUUUAUUUUUGGAUUUAUAUUAUAAUGACUCAACUAAUAUGGUGUCUCUCUUAUCGGCAUUCCCGCCCCUGAACAGGGGGUUUCUCAUAUGUUUUCGGUUGUCGGCUUUAACAAAAAGUGAUGUGAACAAAUCCGUACCCAGAUUGGCAGCAGUAUAUAAAAGCGUAAACGAAUA